CAGAAACACGCCACAAUGUUUAAUAACAGUAGCAUUAAUACGUUCAGUGUCGCCAACACCUCACCACUCCACAUUAUUAUUACGGUCAUGAAUGUUAUUCUCAUUCUUCUUAUAACUGUUGGCAAUUCUUUUACUAUCAUGGCAAUCACGAGAUUCCGAAACCUGCGUCAUCAAAGCAGCGUUAUGAUUGGAGCUCUAGCUAUGGCAGACGUAUCGAUGGGCGUGGCUUAUACUCCAGUGAAACUUUUUCGAACGCACGUGCCAUAUCUCUUUAGAUUGGAAAUGCCAUGUUUGAUAGCAAUGUACAUAGGACAUCUUGCCGCUUUAGCGGCGAUAAUAUUUCUCUCAUUACUGUCUUUGGAGAGGUUCUACGCAAUACAGUUUCCUUUCCACUACCACGCUCACGCAACCGUAAAAGUGGCAGUCAUCGUCAAUGUCGCUGUGUUCAUUUUCAUUGCGUCUGCUCUCGUUCCUUUGUUCGCAGGCGCAGCAAUGUGGUACGACGGAGUCAGCUGCUACGCUCCAACUCUCUAUCCGAGUUUGUACACGCGAUUUAUCGUCGCCGUGGCUGCGAUCCCACUGUUUCUGGGCUUUGUAGGCUUCAUCAGAGUCUGUGUUGCUGAAUUCAGAUUCAGGAAGCAGGUUUUCGAUCAGUCGGUUGCCUCGUUGAGGAAGCAGGAAUCCAUCAGGUCGAAGCUCAUAAUAACAGCAUAUGUCGUCUCGCUGUGCUUCUGGGUGCCUCAUAUGCUGUACUAUUUGUACGACACCGUGUCGAAGGCGGAUCAAAACGUCUAUCUCUUCAGAAUUGUCACCCUUCUGGAUGUCGGGAGCUCUGCGGUGAACUGUUUUCUGUACGCCUGGAAGAACAGCAAGUUCAAGACCGCGUACAGAGAACUGUGGGGUCUUAAGCCCUCAACAGAAGCGAUUCGCCCCUUCACCACUAACACCGUGUCACUUUCACAUCCAUUAUAAUGUGGAAAGGAAGGGAGGAUUUUUGUUUAAAGGUAGACUAAAUUCCAACAAGAGCCUUAUGUGUUGCAAAGAUGCUUACCCGGACCUAAAACACAUACUGACAC